AUGCAUAGAACAUACUCAUUGAGGUCCUCAAAGGCACCUACUGCCGCUCAAUUGCAAUCGCCCCCACCACCUCCUUCCACUACCAAGUCCAAGUUCUUUGGUAAGGGAGGAAUUGCUUCCAGUUUCAGAAAGACUGUUGCUGGUAACACCGGCCCAGAAUUGUCCAGAAAGUUGUCUGCCUACAUCAAGCUCGAAAAGAAUGUGAUGAGAGCCAUUGAAUUGACCGCUCGUGAACGUCGUGACGUUGCCAAGCAGUUGAGUGCUUGGGGUGAAGACAACGACUCCGAUGUUUCCGACGUCACUGACAAGUUGGGUGUUUUGCUCUACGAAAUCGGUGAAUUGGAAGACCAAUACAUUGACAAGUACGACCAAUACAGAAUCACCUUGAAGACCAUUCGUAACAUCGAAGCUUCUGUCCAACCAUCCAGAGACAAGAAGCAAAAGAUUACCGACGAAAUUGCUCUCCUCAAAUACAAGGACCCACAAUCCCCAAAGAUCCCAGUCUUGGAACAAGAAUUGGUCCGUGCCGAAGCCGAGUCCUUGGUUGCCGAAGCCCAAUUAUCCAACAUCACUAGAGAACAAUUGAAGGCUGCCUUCAACUACCAAUUCGAUGCCACCAGAGAAUUGGCUGAAAAGUAUGCCUUGAUUGCCGGUUACGGUAAGGCUUUGUUGGAAUUAUUGGACGAUACUGCUGUCACUCCUGGUGAGACUAGACCUGCUUACGAUGGUUAUGAGGCCUCCAAGCAAAUCAUUAUCGAUGCCGAAAAUGCCUUGGCUGCAUGGACUUUGGAUGCCGCUGCUGUUAAGCCUACUUUGUCUUUACACCAAGAGUACGAUGACGAAGAGCCAGUUGAUGGUGAAAUUGAAGAAGCUGCCGAAGAAGAAUUCGCCAAGCACGACGAUGAAGAAGUUGUCGUUUCUAAGUAA